ACGUCAGGUCGCUCCGACGUGCCGACGUCACGGCCUGGCUCGGGACGGGACGGGGCGGGUAGGAGGUGCCAGCAGUACCGAUUCGGCUGCGGCCGUUAGCCCCUUCGGCCGCGCCCCGCCAUGUUCAACGUGGAGAGCCUGGAGAGGGUCGAGCUCGGGGAGAGCCUCCUCACCUGGAUCCAGACGUUUAAUGUUGAGGCACCAUGCCAGACUGUGGAAGAUUUAACGAAUGGGGUUGUGAUGGCACAGGUUCUUCAAAAAAUAGAUCCAGCUUACUUUCAUGACAAUUGGCUGAACAGGAUCAAAACAGAAGUAGGAGAUAAUUGGAGGCUAAAGGUAAGCAACCUGAAGAAAAUUUUAAAAGGAAUAUUGGAUUACAACCAUGAGAUUCUAGGGCAGCAGAUUGAUGACUUCACGCUUCCUGAUGUUAACCUGAUCGGAGAGCACGCUGAUGCUGCGGAGCUUGGGAGAAUGCUUCAGCUUAUUUUGGGAUGCGCUGUGAAUUGUGAACAGAAGCAAGAGUACAUCCAGACCAUAAUGAUGAUGGAAGAGUCGGUUCAACAUGUUGUCAUGACAGCCAUUCAGGAGUUGAUGAGUAAGGAGUCUCCAGUCUCUCUUGGAAAUGAUGCUUACGUUGAACUUGAUCGGCAGCUGAAGAAAACUACAGAAGAAUUAAAUGAAGCACUAGCAACAAAAGAAGAAAUUGCCCAGAGAUGUCAUGAGUUAGAUAUGCAGGUUGCGGCCCUCCAGGAGGAGAAGAGCAGCUUGCUCGCUGAGAACCAGAUUUUGAUGGAACGUUUAAAUCAGUCUGAUUCUAUUGAAGAUCCCAACAGCCCUGCAGGUCGUAGGCACUUGCAACUGCAGACACAACUAGAACAACUCCAGGAGGAAACAUUCAGAUUAGAAGCUGCCAAAGAUGACUAUCGAAUACGCUGUGAAGAACUAGAAAAGGAAAUUGCUGAAUUGAGACAACAAACAGAAGAGCUUACUACAUUGGCAGAGGAGGCUCAGUCUUUGAAGGAUGAGAUAGAUAUACUCAGGCAUUCUUCUGAUAAAGUAGCCAAGUUAGAAAGCCAGGUAGAGUCAUACAAAAAGAAAUUGGAAGACCUGGGUGAUUUGCGACGGCAAGUGAAACUCUUAGAAGAGAAGAAUACAAUCUACAUGCAAAAUACUGUGAGCCUCGAAGAAGAGCUAAGGAAGGCCAAUGCAGCACGCAGUCAGCUGGAAACAUACAAGAGGCAGGCAGUUGAACUACAAAACAGGUUAUCUGAAGAAUCCAAGAAAGCUGAUAAAUUAGAUUAUGAAUGCAAACGACUGAAAGAAAAAGUAGACAGCCUCCAAAAAGAAAAAGAUAGGUUAAGAACAGAAAGGGAUUCUUUGAAAGAAACUAUUGAAGAGCUUAGAUGUGUACAAGCUCAGGAGGGUCAACUCACCACUACAGGAUUGAUGCCUUUGGGAAGACAAGAGCCUUCAGACAGUUUAGCAGCAGAAAUUGUUACUCCCGAAAUAAAGGAGAAACUCAUUCGCCUUCAGCAUGAGAACAAGAUGUUAAAGUUGAACCAAGAAGGUUCUGACAAUGAAAAGAUUGCCUUGUUGCAGAGCCUUCUUGAUGAUGCAAACUUGCGGAAGAAUGAAUUGGAGACAGAAAACAGAUUGGUAAAUCAGAGACUUCUAGAAGUGCAGUCCCAGGUUGAAGAACUACAAAAAUCUUUGCAGGAUCAAGGUUCAAAAGCUGAAGAUUCAAUUCUUCUGAAAAAGAAACUUGAAGAACAUCUUGAGAAGCUCCACGAAGCUAACAAUGAGCUACAGAAAAAACGAGCUAUUAUUGAGGAUUUGGAACCAAGAUGCAAUAACAGUUCACUCAAAAUUGAAGAAUUACAAGAAGCUUUACGAAAAAAGGAGGAGGAAAUGAAGCAAAUGGAAGAACGAUACAAAAAAUACUUGGAAAAGGCCAAAAGUGUCAUCCGCACCCUAGAUCCUAAGCAGAACCAGGGUGCAGCUCCUGAGAUUCAGGCUCUGAAAAAUCAGUUGCAGGAGCGGGACAGAAUGUUUCAUUCAUUGGAGAAAGAAUAUGAAAAAACAAAAAGUCAAAGAGAAAUGGAGGAGAAAUUUAUUGUUAGUGCCUGGUACAAUAUGGGAAUGACUCUGCAUAAAAAAGCAGCAGAAGAUAGACUGGCUAGUACAGGCUCAGGACAGUCCUUCCUGGCUAGACAAAGGCAAGCCACGAGCACAAGGAGAUCUUACCCUGGUCAUGUCCAGCCAGCAACAGCAAGGUAGAGAAGCCUUGCCCUUAGAAAGAAAACUGCCCUGUGAUCCAGGCCACUUCUGUUGCAAGUGACAACAUUCAAGGAAAAUCAACCAGCAUCCUUUCUCUUUCUCUCUUGUUACUGCUAUUAUUUUACAGUUCAGGAAAGGGUUUUAUUAUGGUUUCUCAUUGUUCUGUAAUGCCCUUUGCUUAUAUUUUUUUGGAGUCCAUCUCUUUCUCUCUGCAUUUUUUAAAGGUGCCAAAGUUUUGAAAACAUCUAGAGGAGUGCUGUAUAAUAACAGAGUCUUAUUUGUAUGAAGCCUGGUCUCUUAUGAAAAACCUCAUUAUGGGCUGUGUAACAAUGUAAAUUUCUUGUCACAGUUGAUACUUUUGUGCCUAUAAGGGUUGCUAUGCUUUAUAAGACUGCCUUUGUUCAAAGGGAAUUAGGCUCUUUAUUUCAUGUGCUAACCUGUUGCUUUAAAAAAAUGCUGAAAACUCAGUACAGAAAUGCAAAAUUAGUAUAUUAUUGUGAAAUAGAUUUGCUACUAAAAAACUUACCAAUGGCAAAAAGAAUUUUUUUUUUUUUUUUAAAUUCCUACAUGCAAAGUUUGCUCUUAUUCUUGGCAUUUAAUAGGGAAGCAGGAUGAUUUUUUUCAGGUUUUUCUUUAUCUGCUGGUGUUACCUCUUUUGCUGGCAGAACUGAGUGUUUUCAAAUGGUUCGUUCCACUCUUCUUGGUCAAGUGUAUGCUUAAUAUAUAUUAUAAAAAGGUUGAGAAAUAUUUAGAAUGCUCUAAUAUGCUACUGCAUCAUCCAUUUAAAAAGGACAUUUGUUUAAAAUUUUGUAAUUACGGAUGAACAGUACAUAAUGGGUCAAGGCCCCAGUUAAUAUUGUUAAUGUUAUUGUAUUCCAGUUAUCAUCCCCUACUAAAAGACUUGCUUUUAAUAUAUUAAUUCAGGGUAUAAUUGUAUCAGUUGCCUUACUAAUGGUACCAGUGCCUUCAGGUGAGUUUGUUGGUGACUUUGUUGGAAACUGGCUGUGAUUUGUUGUACUGCCUUCUUAGCGUGUAGGUAGUUAAUUAUACGUAACUCAUUUUAGCACCUUCAUGUUGAUCAGUGGGGUGGAUGGUGGCCCCUACUAUUAAUGUAGGUUCUGUUCCUACAAAGUUCUGCCUUUUCCCUGACUAAUUCUAUGCUCUCUGUAUCAUUUUUGUCAAAUAGUUGACGGGCACAGAGGAUCUGAGUAUUGGUUGAAAGUUUCAUAUACAUACAUUUUGUGGUGAUUCAGUUUUAAACAUUUUUCAUUUAGAGACUGUUUGGACCCUAAUGCACAUGCAGUCUGGUUUAUAAAUUUAUUCUUUUACCUUAUUUUAAUGCUCUCCCAAGUGAAGACAUUUUUUCAUAAAUCCCUUUGGAGAAAAGGCAUACUUGCAUUUAUUAAUCAUCUGAAGCUCUAUGUUAAUUCACAGCUUGGGUGGAAUGAGCAAAGGGUAAUUAAAACAAGCACACCUAGAUUAAAGGGUAAGGAACAGGUGAAUGACACUUUUAGGUACUGUUUUAUCCUCAAAUACCUCAUCUGUUUUAGUCUAGGCUAAGAAAAGCAUUCAGUGUAUGUCUGAAAAAAAUUAUCAGUUCUGAUUUUUUUCCCCCCAGUAAUAUGAAAACAGAUGCUGAAGUCUAUUAACUGCAUAUAGGUUUUGUCUUUUAUUCCUCACAUUUGGAAAAAACUGAUUUUCUAAAAAUUCUCUUUACUUAUUCAACGUAUAACAUGUCUGGGCUAUGCUUGCAAGAUUAGAUAAGAGAGUGCAAGUAUCUUCUUGUGCAGAAAGGUAAUGAUGUAAAGGAAGUUUAGGACAAUUUCUGAAGCUCAGUGGGCUGAUACUCGUUUUGCUGUCUCUUACUGAGAUACAGAAUACUAAAGGGACAAGAAAUCAUAUGUGUUACCUAGCAAGAUGACCACAGUUUGUGUGGGACAUCUUUUACUGAUCUUACUGUGCAAUCCAUUCUAGUCAUUUGAAGAACUCAUUACCACAUGCCAUGUGCAAACAGGAGCAAGUAAGAUCACUUCUCUGAGAAAAUUUGAUGUUCUUUCUGAGAUUACAGCAUUUUAUAUCACCCAGAGAAAGAACCUAAGAAUACUUAAAGCUCCAUUUUUACUUUCAUGUGGCUGGCUCUGUCUGUUACCAGACUGCUAAAGCCUAUUUGUGAAAGCAAGGAAUAGCAGGACCUUAAUGGGAAGCUUUAUCCCUUAAUUUUGUCUAAUAAUUUAAUUUCCUGUUGCUAUUAAUUAGGUGCAGGUAUAAGAUAACUUGAACACAAUCUGCACACUAGAGUAAAACUACUUGCUUUUAUUAUUUUAACAUCUGUUUUACCAUUUUGCCUCCAAAGUUUUGAUGACAGGCAAAUGCCUCUGAUGCUUAGAUGAACAAAUGCUGAUUAGAAGCCUCGUUUUUAGCUUUUACUUUCUUAUCUCUCUUGGUUUCUUUCGCUUCUUGGUGGUUGUUGGCUUUUAUCUUCCGCUUUGUAGUUCUGGUUGGUCUUUCCACUUCCCUUGAGAUAAGACACUCAAGUGUUUUCUAUAGUUCCCUUCAAGAAUAUAGAGCAUCAUUAUAUACCAUCAAAGACCAAAGCAAGACUAGUACUGAAUCUGUGCUUUACUGUUGCUCAUAGUAAUUGUUAGGCAAGAUUGAACAAGCAUUUGUCUUUUGAGAAUUUGCAAACUUGUAGAAAUCCUGGUAAUUCCCACAAUUUCUGUUGAUUGUAAAAAUCUAAAAAUAUACUGCAAUCUUACAGAAAUAUACUGCUGUGUUGCUAUCCAGUUCCAGUAAGCCAUUUGUUCUGUCUUCUAAUGGUAAUCAUCAGGAAUUUAAUUCCUCGUUCUUCAGUGUUUUACUUCUAUUAUUUGCUGCAUACAUCUAUUCUUAAUCUUUGGGUGUGGAUGAAUGCAGGUGGUGAACAUCAUUAAACUUUCUCUCUCACAAGAACAGCUUCUUUAUUGAAAGGGUUCAGCUUCAUUAUUUUCCUUGCUUAUUAUGUAGCUAUGGAAGUAGUGUGAUAUUAAGAAAAAGAAGGGGCUCAGAGUGUGACUUCAGGGAAUAAGCACAUGUAUAGAUGAGUUACCAGUGAAUGCUGUCUGUUUGUCUUGUCUUCAGUAAUAAAAGAAUAUAAGCAAAAAAAACCCAUAAAACAGAAUUCUCUCAGUACAUUAGAUACUUUUAAGAAGCUUUUAGGAACACUUUUUCUGGGGCAACAAAGACCACUUACAUCAAAAUUGUAGUGGUAAUUAUUAAACCAAUGCUAUAUCCUGCCCUGAUACACUACAAAAAAACCCUGCAGAUUGAGGUUAAAGAGAAAAGGCUCUCCAGGGCAGUGAUAAAAGAGCUGAAGCGUUCAUUAGAGUAUGUUCCUGAGCACUGGGCUGAAGAUCUACCCAGAAUAAUCUUUCUGAGAGAUUUUAAUUAAUGCCAAUAAAAGAUAACAGUUAAAUGGACAAAUAUUUUUCAUUGUUCAGAGCUGAAGCUUAGUUUCUGGUCUUAAAGGAUGUGUGUGCAGUCCAGUUCAUAUACUUCUGUGGAGAGUUAAGUUAGCACAUCUGAUGAGACAUUACAGAAAAGAAUAUUCAAGUUCCUCAUUUUCUUGAUAGCAACACGUAACCACUUGGAUCAUAACAUUUAUUUUGUAAGUGCUGUGAAAACUGAGGUAAUCUGAUUUAAAGAUUGUGUGUGUUCCACCCACAGUGCAAAGGGAAAUAAAGAACUAGAGCACACAGCUUUAUAUAUUGCAAAAUGAAGUAAAUAUAUAAUGGGUACAAGAUGCUUUUCAUUAUCUGUUUGGAAAUAAGCAAAUGGUAAUCUUGUCCUGUUCUGAUGUCACUUGAGAUAGCAGUAAUGCUUUGGCAAGUUUUCUGUGUUUUCCUGUUCAUGUAAGGAGCACUGGCAAUUUUAUAUUCAUUAUGUAUGCAAGAAUUAACAGUGAAUAUUCCUAUUACUGCUUUAUGAUGAUCUUAAAUAGUAAGUGGUGUGUGCAAGCUGUCAAGAAAACUUAAGAGGAUUUGGCAAUCUUAAAGUCCUCAGUAUUUUGACAUGUGCAAGUAGCUUUUGCUCAGUUCUCUAGUAUAUGAGACUAUCCACUUAGCAGCUUCCGGGCUGAUUUUUAGUGGGUUUAAUUGUCUUGAUGUGUUGACACUUUCUGUAGCUUUGGUAAUUGGAAAAUAUUUUAAUUUCACCACUUGGUUUUCUUCUAGUUAGUGAUUUGGAGGAAUACUGUCCUGAAUGUGACUAAUUUUUCUUGUUCUUAUGAAGCAAAACAGUACCUGAAUUUUACGCAUUUUAUAGAGAUUUUUAUUCUUGCCCAACAUUUUGACUUUUUGCAAGGAUUGAUGAGGGAGGUAUUUUUGCACUCAGUCAGCUAUGUAAUACUGACUCCUUAUGGGUUUUUGCACAUGUGUUUUAGGUAGAAUGUGGACUCUGUGUUUUGCAGUAAUAUUGUAUUGUUAAACUUCAGUAUCUCCAAAGCUAGUUUAGCAAAUUUUGCAUGCAUUUUCCUCACCAGUAUUGUGCAAAUAAAUAGCUAAAAGAGGUUACUCUGUCAAGAAAUACUUUCAAGUUGUGUUUUUUCUUCUAAGCUAAAUAGUCAUGCUUCAGGGGUGUCACCUACAGAGUCGUUCGAUAGCUGGAUUAUGACUGAAAUGUGAUCUCAGGAAGUCAAGCACUUACAAAGAAACCUUUUCAGAAGCCCUUCCUUAGAACAGCUGUAUUACCUGAUACUAGCAGUAUGAUACAUUUAGCAUUCUGUUAAAAUGAAGAGGUGAAUUGUUAUAACAAUUUAAAUGUAAAGAUCAGGUAAGCAAGAAAUUCGGUUAAUGAGGUUUUGAACCUUACAAACUGCACACAGCCCAGACACAUGUCCCCUCCCAAAUCUGAGCAGUCCAGCUCCCUUCUGUAUUGGCAAGAACACUGCAUUUUGACUUUGUGCUUUGCAUCGGGAGAAAGAAGUGAAAUCUUGCGUUAUCUCAUAAGUUGGUGUACGAGCAAGUAACGAACCUCACUUGUGCUCAGAACACCUCCACAGGCCAAAUCAUGUUAUUGGCUUGUGGCAGAUGUCAGUUUCUAGGUAGGAUCCUAACCAUACCUCCAGCUUGUCACUUACAAGGAAUCAAGAAAAUGUCCUGGCAUGACUGAUUGCACUGCCUUGCUCCUGUGAUCUUUCUUCUCUCUGGAAGUCCAGAAAAGGAGCAGAAGCUUGUCAGUGAAUCUGCAGGCUGUAAGUAAAAACAAGGAGUGAUUUCUUCAGUUUGAAGGUGGAGGAGACAGAUGAAAGCAACUAUUAAGUACAAAAAUCUGAAGAGCAGUAUGUCUUUCACCAUUUUGCUUUUUGGUUUUAAUUUAAAAAUUAAACAGAACCUGAGCUUUUGGAGCUGGGUUUUGGUUUGGUUUUUUUUUAAUUAAUUUUGAAUUGCAGUUAAUUAAGUAUCAGAGGCUUUACCUAUGUGAAUAAGGCAGCAGCUGUCAUUAGCAGCUACAGCAGCCUCAGACUUCUUGCAUCUGGUACAGUGAACCCCCAGAGAUUAUGACUCUGCUGCCAUCUUCCUUGCACCGUUUGGAGAUGUUGAGGACUUACCUGGCUUUGUCUUCUGUUUCACCUUGGCUUUACAUUUGUGGAUUCAUUGAAAUUUUGGGACACAAAGUUCAUUUUUUAAAUGUGUCAGCUCAUUGAAUUAGGUAAUGAAUGAAUGUCAGUUGAGGAGCUCUAGAAAACUUGACAAACCAUAUAGCCCCAUGGGGCAUUUAAGCAACAACUGGCAGUAUAGCCAAGGCAGCUUCCCAGACAAAUUGUUCUGGUGUCAGAUUGUAGUCAGUGGAUCAGUAGGAGCUCAUGAUAACUGCAGUAAUUAAAGUUCUCAUCUAUCAGUUGCUAGGGACUGGUUUUGCUGUUAACUUUACUAUGGCCUAGAUUCUAACCUUCACUUUUAGGCCUUGCCAAGGUAAUGCAGGACUGUACUGAAGUAGAUAUCUGCAAUAGUUGGCUCUGGUGGCAUAUCAGGAAUUUCCUCUGCUGCGUUUGCUGUGUGUAUAAAGUCAUUUGGAAAACUGCAUAUCCUUCAGUCUUAUUUGCACUGCAUGUUGAUUCUAGAGUGAAAGCAGGUUCCGUUUGUCAGAUAAAAAUUUCUUCCUGCUGUCUUGUUGUUUUGGAUCCUAGAGGUUGUUCCAUACAACAUGAAAAGCAUUGCUAGUAGAGGGAAAUCCAGGACAGUUGCGAAGCCUUUCCUGUCAGGUGGUGACUUUAUUUAUUGCUUCGCAUUAGAGAGAUCCUUUACUAACAGGUGAAGUUAGAAUAUCACAUUUCAGAAAGAGCAACAUGGUUAUUUUAAUCAUUACAAAAGUGGUUAUUUGUCAGCACUUUGAAGAGCUGUUAACUACUGUAGCAUGGCACAAAUCUGAAAUACUGUAAAAGCAAGUAUUUCCACAGGCAUAGGAUAGCUUAUUCUGCAAAUGGAACUUGAAUCCCUAAUGGUUAUCCCUAACUUUAAGAGAAGAGAAAAUUAACAUAAAGGCCAACAGUUAGCUUGUUGGCAUGCUUGUGUUGUUAGCAUGGUCAUGAAAACGAGCAGAAUUUUAAGAGAAAAUCCUAAAUGGUGUAAUAUUUAUGGAGUUAUAAAAUAGCUGUAGUGAGACCAUCAGACUUUUGAUUUGGAUUUGAAUAUAAUAUUCAUUAUGUAAUUUAAGAUUUUGUAAAGCAGCUAUUAUAGUUCUUAGUCACCAAAGAUUAGUAAGCAGGAGAGUAAACCUAUUUUCUGGACGUAUCAGUGGUUUCAAGAGAGAUUUUAAAGCUUUUAUUUCGCAGUAUCAGUAAAAUCUUGGAAUAGUUAUAAGCAUGACAUUUCAAGGCCACAAUUCUUAGAAUUUUUAGUCUGCUUUGUAUCCUCUGGUUGUAAGAGUUAUAAAAAUGCAAAGUGGUGUUAAUACAGCUCUGGAAGAUGCUGUGUUGAAAGGCUCCUUUAAGAAAUCUAAAGGAAAUAUCAUGGAGGAAGACAUAGAAAGAAUAGAUAGAUAAAGAAAAACAAACUUCAGUGGUAAGAAGCCAGUAAGUAAUGAAGUUAGGAAGUCUGCAGGAAGAGAAAUCUGGAGGCAGUUACUUAAAAGCUGAAGCUUGGCAGAAAUAUUUGGGAAGAGUGUCUAGUGUUAGACUUGAAAGUGAGUAGACUGCAUUGUUCUGAUAGCUUUGGGUGAUUGUGUUAAAGUACUGCUUACAGACAGAAGAUUGUUGGCUACAGAAAGCCUGGUCCAUCUUGGGACCAAACAUAGACUGAACAGGAAAAAAGUAGUUGCUCAGAGAGGAUGAGUGGCUGGGUUUUGUGGUUGGUUUUUUAAUAUCAGAUUUAACUUGUGUGAGCAGUGCUUUGAACUAAAAGUUCUUGUGUUGGUAAGUACCUCCAAGCUGGCUAGGUUAGUGAAAAAGGCUGCCAUCCUUUUUGUGGCUUCGAUGUGCUGGAGUUGUCCUGGUCACUUCUGUGUGUUGAAAAAAAACAGAAGAGGGCAGUGGGAAGUUAAGAUUUUAAGGGAUGGAUAACCACUUGUAAUGAAGUAGAGCUAGUGAGAUUAGCCACUGAAUAUUGAAGGGAAAUGCCUUACUAAGAAAUGAUGCCCCAGGCUGGCAACAAGCCUUCUACUUACAGCUGGAAUAUUUUGGACUGGCAAGGGAAGGAAGAAAGAGAAAGUCACUCCUCUAGAGACACAUCAUCUGUUGCAUAAACUGUCUCUUUCUGAAGAUCCUGCAGAAGUAAUGACAGGUUAUGCUGAGUGAAUUUACCCUCACAUCUCACAUCUCUGUUGUCUUCUGAAACGUUGCUGCUUCAACAGGUAGCUCAAAAUACAUUGGUUAAUUUUGAGUUCUCCAAGAGAAAUUGACAGACAGUUUUUUUUAGAUCAAGAUUAGAAUUUCUAGUCAGGAAAGGGCACUGUCAGAUGGAUUUCAUAGAAUCAUAGAAUGGUUUGGGUUCGAAGGGACCUUAAAGAUCAUCUAGGAAAGGGCACUGUCAGAUGGAUUUCAUAGAAUCAUAGAAUGGUUUGGGUUCGAAGGGACCUUAAAGAUCAUCUAGUUCCAACCUCCCUGCCAUGGGCAGGGACACCUUCCACUAGACCAGGUUGCUCAAAGCCCCAUCCACCCUGGCCUUGAACACUUCUAGGGUUGGGGCAUCCACAGCUUCUCUGGGCAACCUGUUCCAGUGCCUCACCACCCUCACAGUAAAGAAUUUUUUCCUAAUAUCUAACCUAGAUCUACCCCCUUUCAGUUUGAAACUGUUACCCCUUGUUCUAUCGCUACACUCCUUGUUAAAGAGUCCCUCCCCAUCUUUCCUGUAGGCCCAUUUUAAGUACUGGAAGGCCACAGUAAGGUCUCCCCAGAGACUUCUCCAGGCUGAACAACCUCAGCUCUUUCAGCCUGCUCUCACUGGGGAGGUGCUGCAGCCCCCGAUCAUCUUCGUGGCCCUCCUCUGGACCCGCUUGAGCAGGUCCAAUUUGUUAUAUCCUUGAAGGAGCAUAUACUGUCCUGAGUUUACAAGAUCUCUCAAAAGUACUAUUGACUCAAAGAGAAACCUACAAUGUCAUUUCUGUUUAUGUGCAACAGGACACUUGAAGUGCUACUAAGUAAUAAGUUGAACUAAGUAUUAGCCAGGUGAGGCUAAAGGAAUAGGCUAUAUUCACUUAUGCACAAUAGAAUAUAUACAUGCUUAUGUAGCUUGAACUUUUAAUUUUUUACUACAGUAAUCUUUUAUUACAGUAAAUACAGUAAUAAUUUUACUAAUUUAACUACAGUAAUCUUCAUAUUAUUAAUCCUGAACUCUCUAACUUUAUGCACCCAAGCAGUGCCAAACAAGCUUAACAGACAAUGAUUACUGAAAAUACACUCUUGAGGUCUGCUUUGAAUCUGUUGAAUGUGUUAAUUUUUUUGAAUUUUUAUUCUAUUUGAUUUAUGUCUCUAUGUUUCUGUUUGUUUUUCAACUAUGGUUAGCGUUCUGCGUUGGUGAAUGAGAAGGAGAAAAAAGAGGGAUACGUAAGCUACAAGACUUGUAGCAGAAGGACAGUUUUUUGCAAUAAGUCCUUGAGUUUAGUUAGAAAUAUUCUUCCUUAUCUGUUUAACCGGGAUUUUCCUGUCAUAAGAACUGUUCUUAGAAUCAUUUUUGACCAGUGCAAUACUAAGGAGAAGGAAAAUGGGGAGAGAAACAGUUUGCAUGCUUUGAUUUCUGUCUGGUGAAGCUAUUUUGUUCUUUGUAACGUCACAGUGAGUGCAAUGUGAAAAUGAGAACUAGCCGUUAGUGUUGUGCCGUGCUGUGUAGGGGUGUUUGUGUUACUUGGGGAAGCUGAAAGCACUGUAGCUGUGUUAGUAAAGCAUUCCACCUAUCCACUUACAGUGGCCAAGAAAGAGGGUGCAUCAGCAAGGAUGGAGAAAUAUGCCAACCUCUCCAAUUCUCUUCCAAACUUAGAUUGACUUCCACAGCAUUGUGACAUGCUCUUUGGACUGCUCAGUGGCUCCUACUCAGCUUAUUUUAACAGGAAUACAUAAUAUUUUCUUGCAAUUCAAACCUGUAUUUGCAUGCAAUGACUAGAACUUGCCAGUGUAGUGUGGCAGUGAUGCUGUUGUAGCCUCAUGCACAGGAUGAGCUUUGAUGAAACAUAAAUGCUUAAAGUCUUCUGUGGAGCUCAGAGCUCGAAGGGUCAGACAGAGUCAUUAUGACCCUGCUUGUCUUUUAGUAUAUAACCACAUGCAGUAUUGGACAGGCAUCUUUCACUUUAUAUUGCUUUGGUUUUUUAACUGUUGUACUCACAGACAGCAGGAAUGCCUGAGACUUCCUCCUUGCUCUGUAAACUUAGUUUCCAUAGCUGUGUUAGUUGAGAAUGGUGGCCUGAAGGACUUUACUCAGAAGUGUUUAAAUUUGUCUGAAUUAUGUCUAAAUUUAGAUACUGUUCAAGGCUGGUUUAUUGCUCUUUCCAAUUAUUGGCGUGUAACUUUUCUGUUAAUUUGAAGAGUGGCUCUGGCAAAAGAUGUUUUCCCCAUGAAUUUGCACAACUUUAAGUAGAGACGGCUUUACUAAACUGCUCUAAAAAAUACCUGUUCUGUUCUCUGUUUUUUUUAAACAGUAAUAUGUUAUCUGCUUUUUAACUUUCUUCUUUAUUCUUUUAUUUGCAGUGAUGUGGUUGCAUGACCUGCAGCAUUAUUAUAACAGGGACUGUUCAGUGCAUGACUUGCUUUUCUGUCCAGACUGCAUAACCAAAACUUAACCAGUUCUACACUUAAGACUCAUGGCCAUCUGAUUUCAAAGGGAGAUCUACUUGCAGAGAAGCUUACCAUCCUGGGGAGUGGCUUUCCCAUUUCCCGCUUCCAUUUACUCCUUCUCUUCACAAAAAGUCUCCUAUGAGGCUAGAAGAGAGGAAAUCCAGUAUUCAGAACUCGACAGGAGGCGUUCUGCAAACUGACAGAGCACUGUCAGCUCUUCAUUUUACUUCUGCUUGUCCACUUUAUUUAAUUCUGAUUUAACAGUAUUAACACACAGACUUCCUGCAACAUUUUCAUAUACUGAACUAUAAAAAUCUAGUCUUAAUGAGUUCCUAAAAAUGCCUUUUGGCUACUGUUAAGAUUUCAAAGCACCUGCACCCUUAAAGGAUCCACUUUGAAUGUUUAAAUAAUUAAAGUAAAGCGAAGGAGAUGUUUUACCAGGAGAAAUGACUAAUGAAUUGCUGCUUGGCCAUCCCAUCUUCCUUUGAAAACCAGGCAAGGUUCAUCUGAUUAUCUCCGAGCCAGGCAAACUACCGGGCGGUAUUUUGUUCACAGACACUGCCUGCUUCCUUACUAUGUAUAUACACAGUAGUUUGUGGCUGUUGUAUUUUUCUCUCUACAUUUUAGCUGUGUUGUCGGUUUCUUCCAGAAACUUUUUUUUCAAUCUGUGUACAAUUGUUAAAACAAUCUGAGGAAAGAACGUGAAUGGAGAUAAGUACGAAAGCCGUCUACACUUUCAGUAUUAUCCAGACUGUCCUUGCCAGUUUAUAAUUUGGGUCGUUUAUCUUCUAUCUGUACUAUUUUUUUCUUUUUUUCUCCUUAUCGCAGUCUUAGCUAUUUAAUUUCCAAUUGCACUAGCUUGGCUGUUUCUUUGUAUUGUGAAGUUUAGCUAUAAGACUUGCCAUAUGUAGACAGUGUAACUCAAAAUGCUUUGAACUGCCUAUAUUAAUUUAAAAAGCUGCUUAUUUAAUAUUCUUAAAUAUCUGCACAUUUGUACUACUGUAUCUUUGUUUUGUAUUGGACAUCCAGUACUGGUAAGAUUCAGAAGUUGAGGGAGUGCUGUAGUUGUAAGUUAGGAGGUUUAUUAUAUAGGAGUUAGUAUGUAACAAAUGGGGAUGGGGGCUUUUAAGCCAUAGGACUUGCUGGGAAAUCUGGAGAGAGUCUGAAUGAUGAGUACUGUAAGCGGCUUGGUUUAAGCCCAGUUCUACACAAACCCCAUUCUUGCUCACUUGGAUCUUAAUCCUGCAAAAAUAUAAACACAUAUGUACUCUGCUUACUCCAAGAAUGGUUUUGCUUAUUCAGGCGGUAGCAUAACCACCAGCCCCAUUUUCCAUGUGAGCACCCCCAUACUGGAGAAAUGUUGUGUCCACUAGUCUCUGCAGUCACUUCUGGUCACAAAACACAGUGCGUGCCUCGUCCCUGGCCCAUCAGGUGGGGCUCUGGACAGAGCUGCUCCUCGCGUGCUGAGCUGCCUGCAUGUGUUCAGUCCUCAGGGAUCCUGACACCUGCUGUGCCAGUGGCAUUGUCCAGAAUGACUUGGAGAGAAGACAGAUCAUGUCCCCACCUCUGUUUCCAUAGGGGGUCUGUGCUACCCAGUGAAGGGAAGGGCAGGUAGGAAUGGGCUCCAAGCAGACUUUGCAGGAGAGGGAAUGAUAAGCAUUAAGAUCCCAGUGAGAAGUGUGUGUGGCGUGUUCCCAUCUGGAUACCAUACCAGACGGGGGAGCCUGUGGCUGCCAGGUGCUCUGGCUGACAGUGGUCUGGAAAGAUUCCUGGAUGGGGGAUAUGUCUUUCCUGGUCCACCAGGACCUGGGACAGUGAAGUCUGACGUGACCUGCAGGCAGGAUCUGGGGUUUGGUGGUGACAAGUCAGGUGUUCCUGCAGCAGAGGCAGCAGCACUUUCAUCAGACUGAGUCCAGUGGAGAGCUAAAGGAUUUGUGUCUUUCCAGGUCCCUUGUUAACGUGUCAGGGCAAGCAUUACUAGAAAAACUUCUUUUUGUUGGGUGUUAAAAGGUAUGGUUUGUUUCUCAUUUGCAAGUGCUGCUCCAGCUGGGACCACACUCUGCCCCAAGCCAGGCUGGGUGCAGGAUCCCUGAACUCAGGGGCUCUGUGCAGGGCGGGAGGGGAUGGCUGUGUUUUCGUGCACCUGCCCGCACAGGUGUCCCGAGGUGAAGCCGAGCAGUACCUCAUUUCUCCAAGUGGUCUGUGCAAAUUAGAGACGAAGUAUCAUUUGUUCUUGAGCCUGAAGACAUUUGUAUGUAUGUGUGUUUAGCUUGACAAAAAUUGUUUGAGUUCACUAAUGCAACAGAGAGAUGUCAGGUGUAGCCAGUAACUUUCAGCAAGUGACCUGGCUACUUUAGUUAGAUAAGCCUAGCAUCUCUGUCAUGAAGUGAUUGCGAGCUCAAAACUCAGAGGUGAUCUCCAGCAUGUCUCUGAUACACUAACUUCGUUUGUGCUGCAUAGGAAACUUUUACUUUUUUAUAGCAGCUUGUUUGACAGUCCUGAACUAAGUGUUGACCAGUUAUCAAAGUAACUGUUUGUGAAGUUGCCAGUGAUAUAUUUUCUGUAAAAGAAUGGAUUCCUAGAGUGUCAAAACAUUAAUUUCCCAUUUCAGUUCAUCUACGAAUUGUGUAACUACCAGAUUGUCAUGGUAGCAGUAUUAAUAUACAUACCUGUAUAUAGACAAAAAAAAAUACUCAGUAAUGAUCAUUGGAAUCAAAAGGUUUAAUAUUUUUUCCCAGUCAAAUACACUAAUGCUUCCAAGGUGACAGAAGAGUGUACAGUUGUUAAACAAGUUGUAAAUAAAUGCUUAUAUAAAAUGUAAA